AUAUUAAAGAAUCAUGUUUUAAAAUUUCCUGUGUUAGCCAUGGAUGUAGCACUCUCUCCUAUGAGAACACAAGAUCUGGACCCCAUGCCAUCUGAUGCUUCUCCCAUGCUUAUAAACAUGACUCCUACAGUAGAUGGAGAUGAGGAAGAGGAUGUAAUGAAGGAGCUUGAUUCUGGCCAGCAAUAUGACAAGCCACCUCCUCUACACACUGGGGCUGAUUGGAAGAUUGUUCUUCACUUGCCAGAAAUUGAGACAUGGCUUCGAAUGACAUCUGAAAGAGUCAGGGAUUUGACUUAUUCUGUCCAGCAGGACUCGGAUAGCAGGCAUGUGGAUGUGCAUCUAGUACAGCUAAAGCAUGGAGUUCAGCUGAAACUGAAGAGCUGGGGAGCUUGUGGAUGUCAUCUGCACACAGCAUCAGGUCAGCUCAGAGUGCAAGCAGAAGUGACCUGUGCCAGCUGGUAAUCAGAUUGUUCCAUGCAUACUAUUCACCCUCAUGCAUUCAAUAAGAUAUUUUAUUUCCAAAUGGAAGUCAGUGAAUUAAGAGCAUCCCUUACAGUUUUCUUCUUAGAAUUCAAGUGGCAUAUUCAACAGUACUUCUUAAAAUAUAUUCCUAAUGGUGGCUUUUUUUUUUCCAUGUAAGCAGUUGCUGUAUCACCUAAGGGUUGUUUAGGGCUAGGAAAGGACCUGGUUAAUGCAACUGUUAAAAAGGACAGAAGAAUAACACAUAAGAAUCUCAAUUAUGCACCAUUAUCUCAACUGUGAGCUAGGGACGGGUGCUGGGACUGAGGCUGUAAUAAAUAAACAGUGAUGUGUACAGACCUC